AUGCGGAAAGAGGCACUUGGUGAUAAUCAGGGAUUUCACAUGAUCGCAGUGGAUGAAGGCGACAUUCGUAGUACCCCCAAAUGCGGGGAACGGUCGCCAUGUGAAGGCUUUGGUUCUGAAGAGAAAACAGCGCUUCCAGGCGAUUUAUUGUCAAGGUCACAGAGUAUAGGGUUGUCCUCCAGGGGUGCAGUUAAUAUGUCGUUCGCGCUUUUUGCAAGCUUUCUGUUAGCAGGUGUCCUAGUUGGGGCGUUUGGGGGUGCUCUCUUUUAUGGCAAAUGGAUUCAGCGAAAUCAACAUCCCAGUAAAGAAGCAAUCGAGCAAUCUAACAAGUCUGCUCUUUACGAGCACAUACGUUCGGGUACAAGUGCUUCUCCAGCCGAGGAAGCCUCACUUAUCGGUGUCCAAGGUCCCAAUGCAAACGCUGCCUUUUCUGAGGCCUUCUUACCAUUUGGAGUUCCGUCUUGGAAGGGAAAGCAAGAACCAAGUUUCUUUACUGAACAUGUUCCAGCAGAAGGUGAGAUGCUGAGGCAGGAGAACCAGACGGAAGACGAUAGUGCUAGAGGGGAUAAGGCAUCCGAAGUUCGCGAGAAGAGGCUUGCAGAAUUGAGAUCUCUUACUUCGGCGAUGAAGGCACUCGAUUUGGCAUGGAGUUCGUCAUCUAGAGCUGUGCAGGCGGCAUUUAAGAAAAACUACAUGCCAAAUUCUGGAGAUGCUGUGGCGGAUCCCUUCCUGUGCUUGCAGCAGCAUGCACACUUGGCAGAAAAGGCUCUAGACAUCCAGGAUUUCACCAGUGACCCUAACGAGGAUGCCGUGAUGGAUGCAUUCCUAGUUCGAACUGUACUGGAGGCAUCCUUAAGGCGCCUUUGGCUCCUCAAUGAAAUUGAGAAGCUGUGCAACACUUGGGGUAUCGGCUCACAGCUUCUUGGCAGAGAACCGGCUCCCCUGCCUCGGCUACAUAUUCUUAGACGUGCUAAGGACCAAGUCACCUUUGAAGACUUUACGGCAAUGAUGACAGGGUUUUCCUUUCGUGUCCCCAGCAAAGCGCUUGAAGACGCAGGGACAGUCCCUAGAGUUCUUGCAGAAAGACUGGCUGCCUCUGUCAAAGCAGAGACGUUGCAGCUAGAAAACGAUCGACUGGUUCACUCUGGUUUUCAGAGAUUCGCCCUGUCUUUGCCAAGUGACUCGAUAAUCAAGCAUCCCAAUAGCAAAGAGUUUUCAGUUUCAGUGUUCUUGAAGUUCCUCGGCAGGGCAACUAUGGACAGAGAAGCAAACACUCUUACCCCCCAGGUUCUUGGUUCUUGGGUUAACGACUGGAAUGUUGACGGUGUCCUUUCUCGACUCGCCCUCAAUGUUGAGGAAGCCGGAGAAGUCCUUCAACUGAGGCCAGCCAACCACCUGGAAGAUUCAGCGCAGGACAUACUAGCUGUUGCAGUUGCCCUUAUUUAG